UCGUCUGUGUCACCAUGGGGAUCAAAUCUGCACUUCCCAAAUAUGAGAUCUACUUCUACAACACGGUGCUUUGUCUGGCCAUGUUCUGGGCCGGCAGCUGGAUCUCUGAGGUGUCCAGUUCCAGUGUAAACAGAAAGACUUUCAAACCCAGCGUGAAGCCAGGAUGGUACUACUUUGGGAGGAAAAGGGAUACGGCUGAUUUUGAGUGGGUGAUGUGGUUUUCCAGCUUCAGAGAGCACAUUCUGUUUGCUCUCUGUGGUCAUGUGCUGUUUGCUAAGAUCUGCACCAUGUUGGCUCCACAGCACAGGUCCCUGGUGUACAUGGUGUACGGGCUGCUGGCCGUGUGGACCAGUAUGGGCUGGACCUACGUCACCCUCAUCCUGUCCCACUGCAUCCUGCUCUACAGCAUCUCCUUAGUGAAGAUCCGCUGGCUUUGCUUCGUCACCGGCCUGUGUACCCUCGCUACAUUCAAGUGUGAACCUUUUGUGUCCUGGCAGGCGGGCUUUGUGGACGGGGACUUUGCGAUGCGUCACAUUCUCUUCUAUGGAGGUUGUGGGUUCACCAUCAUGCGCUGUAUGAGCUUUGCUCUGGAGAACUGCGAGAGGAAAGAAGGAAACUACAACAUCCUGGAGCUGCUCAAGUACAACUUCUACCUCCCCUUCUUCUAUUUCGGGCCCAUCAUGACCUUUGAUAAGUUUUAUGUUCAAGCCAACAAGUCAGACCUGACCAGGAAAGAGAGGGAGAUGUGGAACAUCAGUCUGCAGGGCCUGACCCACCUGGGAGCCAUCAUUGUAGUGGACGUCCUCUUCCAUUUCAUGUACAUCCUCACCAUCCCCACCGACCUGAAGCUGCUGAAGCAUGCCUCCGACUGGGCUCUAGUGGGCCUGGCUUACUUUAACCUGGUGUAUGACUGGGUCAAAGCAGCGGUCAUGUUUGGAGUCAUCAACACAGUGUCCAGACUGGAUCAUCUGGACCCUCCCAAGCCACCAAAAUGCAUCACUAUGCUCUACGUGUUUGCAGAAACCCAUUUUGACAGAGGGAUCAACGAGUGGCUGUGCAAGUACGUGUACGAUCACCUGGGAGGGAAACAUGACAACGUGGUGGAGGAGCUGGUGGCCACACUGUGCACCUUCGGCGUCACCAUCCUGUGGCUGGGACCCUGCGAGGUGGUGCUGCUCUGGGCUUUCUUUAACUGUUUCGGACUCAACUUUGAGUUGUGGGCCGCCAAGUUCUUCUCCAUGGAGCCUUUUGCUUCUUUAGAGAUGUCAAUGUCAGAAGCAACGUCCCGCCGGAUUAGAGGCGUCUUCAACUCUUUGAACUUCUGGAGCAUUGUGUUGUACAACAUCCUGGCCUUGAACAGUUUGGACUUUGCCAAGUUGGUCGCCAAGCGGCUGCUUCUCAAAGGCUUCCCUAUAACCACUAUCAUCGUCAUGUUUGUGACAUACUGCCUGAUUCAAGUGAUUAAGGAGAGAGAGAGGCAGCAGGCUCUCAUCGACGACCCCGAUCCUCUUCCUCCCGCUGCCCCUCCGAUCGCAGCCGCCCCCAGCCCCACCGCUGCUGCAGCUACACCCGCAGCUACACCCACUGCAGCUCAACUAGUCUCAGAUCCCAGCAAGGAAAAAGCAGAGUAGAUAUUUGAGGUUCACUUCAGCGAAGGACGUAAAGAGUAUUAUCGCCAGUCCAGAUUUUAAACCAUGAAUGGAUGCUGUAAAUAAGUUUACCAUCAUUUAACGGUUAAUUAAGGGAAAAAGAAAUAUAUAAAAAUAUAAUGAAAUAUAUAGUAUAAUAUAUAACAAUAUAUGUGGAACAACACAAGGGAUAUCAAAACCAAAUGUGCUUCUUCUGAAACCUUUGUCAUU